GAGGGCCAAAGCUCCGGGAUCCUCUCUGAAGUGAGAGUCUGUAUUCGAUGCACCCGGAGGAACGGAAGGCAGGAUUGCAGCUUCCUCAGUGCAACCUCCAAACAGGAAAUCUGAGAUGUAUAACAUCUUAUAGUUUGGCUUGUCAACGUUGGUCAUGCGGUGGCCCCAAAAUAAACUCCCUGCUUCAAAGGAGAGCGUUUCAGAACUGCCUGGCAGAGCAGCCAGAAGCUUGGGGCCAGGGCAGAAGGAAAACUCGGGGAGCAUGUUCUGAAUUAAGACACUUUCAAGAAAAUCCUUUGUAUUACCCUGAAUUGUACCCUUGUUUCAGAGCCUAACAGGGUUUUCUGAUUUGCUGUUCCCUCCUCCCCACUGGGUGUCUGUUCUGGAGGCCAGGGUGAGAGGUGGAGGAGGAUGGCCACGCAGAUCAGCACUCGGGGCAGCCAGUGUACCAUUGGGCAGGAGGAGUACAGCCUGUACAGCAGCCUGAGCGAGGAUGAACUGGUGCAGAUGGCCAUCGAGCAGAGCCUAGCGGACAAGACAAGGGGCCCAACCACUGCUGAGGCCACCGCGUCUGCAUGUACCAACCGCCAACCUGCCCAUUUCUACCCAUGGACCAGGUCCACUGCACCUCCUGAGAGUUCGCCGGCCCGGGCCCCAAUGGGCUUGUUCCAAGGGGUCAUGCAGAAAUACAGCAGCAGCUUAUUCAAGAUCUCCCAGCUGGCGCCUGUGGACCCCUUGAUAAAGGCCAUCAAGGAUGGCGAUGAAGAGGCCUUGAAGACCAUGAUCAAGGAAGGGAAGAAUCUUGCAGAGCCCAACAAGGAGGGCUGGCUGCCGCUGCACGAGGCCGCAUACUAUGGCCAGGUGGGCUGCCUGAAAGUCCUGCAGCGAGCGUACCCAGGGACCAUCGACCAGCGCACCCUGCAGGAAGAAACAGCCGUUUACUUGGCAACGUGCAGGGGCCACCUGGACUGUCUCCUGUCACUGCUCCAAGCAGGGGCAGAGCCGGACAUCUCCAACAAAUCCCGAGAGACACCGCUCUACAAAGCCUGCGAGCGCAAGAACGCGGAGGCCGUGAAGAUUCUGGUGCAGCACAACGCAGACACCAACCACCGCUGCAACCGCGGCUGGACCGCUCUGCACGAGUCUGUGUCUCGCAAUGACCUGGAGGUCAUGCAGAUCCUGGUGAGCGGAGGAGCCAAGGUGGAAUCCAAGAACGCCUACGGCAUCACCCCCUUGUUCGUGGCCGCCCAGAGUGGACAGUUGGAGGCCUUGAGGUUCUUAGCCAAGUACGGUGCUGACAUCAACACGCAGGCCAGCGACAACGCGUCUGCCCUCUACGAGGCCUGCAAGAAUGAGCAUGAGGAGGUGGUGGAGUUUCUGCUGUCACAGGGUGCCGACGCCAACAAGACCAACAAGGACGGCUUGCUCCCGCUGCACAUCGCCUCCAAGAAGGGCAACUACAGGAUCGUGCAGAUGCUGCUGCCGGUGACCAGCCGCACGCGCAUACGCCGUAGCGGCGUCAGUCCGCUGCACCUGGCGGCCGAGCGCAACCACGACGAGGUGCUGGAGGCGCUGCUGAGCGCGCGCUUCGACGUGAACACGCCGCUGGCGCCCGAGCGCGCGCGCCUCUACGAAGACCGGCGCAGCUCCGCGCUGUACUUCGCGGUGGUCAACAACAACGUGUACGCCACCGAGCUGCUGCUGGAACACGGCGCCGACCCCAACCGCGACGUCAUCAGCCCCUUGCUCGUGGCCAUCCGCCACGGCUGCCUGCGCACAAUGCAGCUGCUGCUGGACCACGGCGCGAACAUCGACGCCUAUAUCGCCACGCACCCCACCGCCUUCCCCGCCACCAUCAUGUUCGCCAUGAAGUGCCUGUCGCUGCUCAAGUUCCUCAUGGACCUGGGCUGCGACGGCGAGCGCUGCUUCUCAUGCCUCUACGGCAACGGCCCGCACCCGCCGGCCCCGCAGCCCUCCAGCAGGUUCAACGACGCGCCCGCGGCCGACAAGGAGCCCAGCGUGGUGCAGUUCUGUGAGUUCGUAUCUGCCCCAGAGGUGAGCCGCUGGGCGGGGCCCAUCAUCGAUGUCCUCCUGGACUACGUGGGCAACGUGCAGCUCUGCUCGCGGCUGAAGGAACACAUCGACAGCUUUGAGGACUGGGCCGUCAUCAAGGAGAAGGCAGAACCUCCAAGACCUCUGGCUCACCUUUGCCGACUGCGGGUUCGAAAGGCCAUUGGGAAAUACCGUAUAAAACUCCUAGACACCUUGCCGCUCCCAGGCAGGCUGAUUAGAUACCUGAAAUACGAGAACACCCAGUAACUGGGGCCACGGGGAGAGAGGAGUAGCCCCUCAGACUCUUCUUACUAAGUCUCAGGACGUCGGUGUUCCCAACUCCAAGGGGACCUGGUGACAGACGAGGCUGCAGGCUGCCUCCCUCUCAGCCUGGACAGCUACCAGGAUCUCACUGGGUCUCAGGGCCAGAGCUUUGGCCAGAGCAGAGAACAGAAUGUGUCAAGGAGAAGAAUCAUUUGUUUACAAACUGAUAGCAGAUCCCAGACCUUCUCUACCUUCAGGAAUGGCAGAAACCUCCAUUCCUGGGGCCAGGGCAGAGCUUGAGGUGUUCUGGGGAAGGUGGGCUCAGAGCCUUCCCUGUGCCCCUCCACUUGCUCUGGAAAACUCACCACUUGACUUCAGAGCUUUCUCCCCAAAGACUAAGAUGAAGACAUGGCCCAAGGUAGGGGGUAGGGGGAGCCUGGGUCUUGGAGGGCUUUGUUAAGUAUUAAUACAAUAAAUGUUACACAUGUGA